AUGCAUGUUCAGUCGAUUCCCAUGUGGACUGGGAAGGGCAACAACUAUGCCUACCUGGUCACGGAUGAGCCUACUAAGCAAUCCGUAAUCAUUGAUCCUGCGAAUCCGCCAGAGGUGGUCCCGGAAUUGAAGUCGCAAAUUGAUGGGGGCAAGAUCAUCUUGUCAGCUAUUGUGAACACUCACCAGUACGUCUAUGCUUCUUCUCUUCUGCCUUUGGUACUCAGUCUAGAAAGCCGGCUUGAGCAACUUGGCAAGCUCCCUGUCAUUGGAGGCAAGAAUUGCCAGUCCGUCACCAAGACCCCAGCACAUGGCGAGGAGUUCAAGAUCGGAGACCGCAUCUCUGUCAAAGCUCUGCACACCCCAUGCCACACCCAAGAUAGUAUCUGCUAUUUCAUGGAAGAUGGAGACCAGCGUGUUGUGUUUACUGGUGACACCCUCUUCAUUGCCGGCUGCGGUCGAUUCUUUGAGGGAAAUGCAGAGGAGAUGCACAAGGCUUUGAACGAGACGCUGGCCUCAUUGCCAGAUGACACCAAAGUCUACCCGGGCCACGAAUACACAAAGGCGAAUGUGAAAUUUUGUCUCAGCGUGUCCCAGACAGAACCAAUCACCAAGCUUCAGGCCUUUGCCGAGAAAAAUCAGCAGACGCAGGGAAAAUUUACUAUUGGUGAUGAGAAGCUCCACAAUGUGUUCAUGCGUGUUAAUGACCCGGAGAUUCAGAAAGCGACCGGCAAAACAAAGCCAGUGGAGGUGAUGGCCGCGCUGAGAGAGAUGAAGAACGCAAUGUAG